AAAGAAGAUGCUCGAUCGAUAACGCGGUUUCUUGUGGCCCAGAUCCACCCAGGCCCACUUGUUCGCAGAGAACUGGUCACAACAUUUGCCACUGAUUUAUAUACUAUUUACAGGUCAGUGAAAUUUGGCCACGGAGCCCAUGGGGUAAUCGUCAUUAAGUUCUUCCGUCAAAAAUCAACGCUUGAACAGACCAAUUACCCAUAAUUCUCGAAUCUUUAUUGCAUCGCAACGCUCCGAACGGCAAUAUCGUAACUAUGUAAUUCUUAAGGAUAAUUUCUGAUACUUGACGUCGAUUCCCGGCAUUCCUUAAAUUUCAGUAUGCAUUUCAUGUAUUGUCUUGUUUUCUCGGUAUUGUUAACUAAAAUUGGACAGGCGGAAGAAUUCUGCGCGGCAAACAGCAAAGAUGAUUGUGAGGCAAGAAACGAAUCUCUCGAUAAAUAUUCAAAAGAGUCAAACAGAAGGUACGAGAAGUAUUUGAAUGCGAUCCGCAAUGCAGAGAAUCAAACUGCCUCCGGCGAUGAAUUUAGUCAUCGAAGCUGUGCUUGUUAUAAAAACGUUAUCAAACAUGAUUUAAAAGUUUUCAAGAAAACUGGAAUCUCAGAAGAAUCUAUAACGUUAGCUAAAUCCAGAGGGACAUUUUACCAAAUAAUCAAUGGCAGGCUCUACAGAGAAAAAGAUUGCAUGUUUCCUUCAAGGUGUGCAGGGAUCGAGCAUUUUAUUUUAUCCAUAAUCUGGGAUUUACCUGACAUGGAAUUAGUCAUCAAUACCAGAGAUUACCCCCAAUCUAGCAAAUAUUUUGGCGAACCGUUGCCUGUUUUCUCAUUUAGCAAGACUCCUGAUUACUUCGAUAUAACUUAUCCAGCUUGGAGUUUCUGGGAAGGAGGUCCAGCGAUUUCGCUCUAUCCGCGCGGUUUGGGACGUUGGGAUCUGCACAGAAUAUCAUUGGACAGAGCAAGUGAAAAAAAGCCAUGGCAUGACAAGCAGGACAAGGCCUUUUUCCGUGGCUCUCGAACCAGCUCUGAGAGAGAUAAUUUGGUUUUGCUCAGCCGGAGGCAGCCAGACCUUGUCGAUGCUCGCUAUACCAAAAACCAGGCUUGGAAAUCUGAAGCGGACACCCUGCAUAUGCCCCCUGCUCAAGAAACGCCUCUCGAGUCUCACUGUGAUUUCAAAUAUCUCUUUAACUUCAGAGGUGUUGCUGCAUCAUUUAGGCACAAGCAUCUGUUUUUAUGCCGAUCUCUAGUAUUUCAUGUUGGAGAGGAAUGGACAGAGUUUUACUAUACAGCCAUGAAACCAUGGCACCAUUACAUUCCUGUUCCGACAGAUGCAAGCCAAGAAACUCUGCAGGAACUGAUACUUUUUGCUAAGGAAAAUGAUGAUAUAGCCCACAAAAUCGCAGAUCAAGGUAGAAAUUUCGUAUGGAAUCAUCUGAGAAUGGAAGAUGUCACAUGUUUUUGGAAAUCUUUGCUCAAGAGAUAUGUUAAGCUUUUGACUUACAAGCCUGUUUUGGAUAAAAGACUGAUAGAAAUUGAGCAGAAGUAGUGUUAUAUACUAUAAAUUGUAUACACAAUAAACUACCUAUUUUUA